AUCUGACCCGCCCUACAGCGCCCUAUUCGCCGCUCACACCCGCAGUGACUUCCUGGGUCACGGUGCUUCCCUGCUUUGGGACCUCAGCCUCAGAGUCGCCGGCCGCUUCUCUUGGGUCAGUGGCGCGAGGGUCUCGCAGCGGCGUUGUGAUCGGCGUCGCUCAGUCCGCGGUACACCGGCAAGCCCGCGCGGUUGGCCGCUCCCGCCCGCGGCGGCCGGCUGGUGUGGGGACCCGAGCACCAUCUCGACGGAGGCCCCGCGGGACGCGCAGAACGGGCCGCAACCCGCAGCCCGAGAGGACUGCGCCAUGAGGCACCUGCCGUACUUCUGCCGCGGAGAGGUGGUGCGGGGCUUCGGCCGCGGCUCCAAGCAACUGGGCAUCCCCACAGCUAACUUUCCCGAACAUGUAGUAGAUAACCUCCCAGCUGAUGUGUCCACUGGCAUCUACUAUGGUUGGGCCAGCGUUGGAGAUGGAGAUGUUCAUAAGAUGGUGGUGAGCAUAGGCUGGAACCCAUACUACAAGAAUACGAAAAAGUCUAUAGAAACUCAUAUUAUGCAUACUUUUAAAGAGGACUUCUAUGGGGAGAUCCUCAGUGUGGCCAUCGUUGGCUAUCUCAGACCAGAAAAGAACUUUGAUUCUUUAGAGUCACUUAUUUCAGCAAUUCAAGGUGAUAUCGAGGAAGCUAAGAAACAAUUAGAUUUACCAGAACAUUUGAAAGUCAAAGAAGACAACUUCUUCCAACACCCUAAAAGUAAAAUAAUGAAUGGCCACUGAUAAAAGAUCAUUUAUUCAAUCACUGUUUUCUAGUAUUUUAAUGUUCAUACUAUAUAGUCUCAUCAUUGUUAUAUUUUGAGAAUCGACAAUUUUCCUAAGGCUGUGAAUUAGUUUAAACAGUACAGUGUAGAUAACCAUAGUUGGAACUAUUAAACCUAUCAUGCUACAGGAUUAAAAUAAUUCAUUUUAAAAAAUCAAGAAAUUUUGUAUGUAAGGUGUUGAUUAAAAUAUACUACUGGGGAGCUCUUAAGUGUCUUACAAUAGAAAUAAAAAUGGAUGUACAUAUAAGUCAAAAGUUAAAUUGCUAGUUUCUCAUAGUAAAUGUGUGUACUUUGUUAGCAUGUGCUACUAUGCAGAAAAGACUUAGGGUGAUGUAUGGAACAGAUUUUUUAAAAAAAUUAUUAGAAAUAAUUAAAAAAUUUUUUAAAUUAUUAGAAAUCUGAAGGGGAGAAUCCAGACAUUGCAUUUGAUAUUUUGUGCAUCGUAUGUUAUUACAGACAUGAUGGCUGCUGACAUUUUUAUCAUUUCUUUUAUGAGGCUAAACCAUUCUGUGUUCCAUUUUUGUUACACUGCCUCAACCUUAAUUGGUAUAGAUUUCCUUUACAAGUUGUUUUCUUUUAAAACAAAUUUAAAAUGAAUGUUUUUUAGAUCUCGCUGUUGCACUUCUCUUUUUUGGGGGGGAUGACAUGGAUUGAACCCAAGACCUCAAACAUGUGACACAUAAUGCUCUACCACUAAAUUGCAUCCACCUCUUUAAGAAUAGAAUUUCUUAGUCUUCAAUGUUGUUUUUUUCCCUUUGUCAGUUUUUUUUUCCUAUUUAGAAUUUCCAACUACUGUACACUUAGAAAAGAUUUCAUCUAUCUUUACCAUCCCAUCUCUUUACUAUGUGAACAGUAAUUAAGUGCAUAUCUCUUUUGUGUUUUAGGGAGAGAAAAACCAAAUUUCAUCUUUAGGUUUUCUUGCAUUUUAGAUAGACACUUAAGUACUAGCUGUACUUUGAGGGACUUUAAGAGCCAAUUAAACUAUGAAAUCCUUAUUUAUUUUUAAUGUGAUUAUAUUAUUGAGCAAAUGUAAACUUUUUGUGCAUGCACAAUGUAAUAUAAUGCUUAUAGCUUGGGGGGCAGACAUAAUAAAGUCUUACUUAAUCUACA